GGCUCCGCGAAACUGUGGGUCUGGCGGCCCGCGGUAGAGGCGAUCGUGGCGCGCUGGCCAGAGACGGAGUAGUGUUCCCAGAACUGCCGGAGGAGUCGGCCUAAAGGGCGGACAGACAGACGGCAGGGAGGACCAGCAUGCACCUACUGUUGCACCCCGCCUGGCCGCUGCUCCUGGGCGCCACGCUGACCUUCCGGGCACUCCGGCGCGCGCUCUGUCGCCUGCCCCUGCCUGCUCACGUGCGCACCGACCCCCUGCGUACCUGGCGUUGGCACAACCUCCUCGUCUCCUUCACCCACUCCAUUGUAUCAGGGAUCUGGGCACUACUGUGCCUAUGGCAAACCCCUGAAAUGCUGGUGGAGAUGGAGACGUCGUGGUCACUUUCUGGCUAUUUGCUUGUUUGCUUCUCUGCAGGAUACUUCAUCCACGACACGGUGGACAUUGUGGUUAGUAAACAGACUCGAGCUUCUUGGGAAUACCUUGUUCAUCAUGUCAUGGCUAUGGGUGCCUUCUUCUCUGGUAUCUUUUGGAAAAGCUUUGUUGGUGGUGGCGUCUUGACGCUCCUGGUGGAAGUCAGCAACAUCUUCCUCACCCUAAGGAUGAUGAUGAAGAUAAACAACGCCCAGGACCAUCUCCUCUACCGGGUCAACAAGUAUGUCAACUUGGUCAUGUACUUUUUCUUCCGCCUGGCCCCUCAGGUCUACCUCACCAAGUUCUUCCUGCAGUAUGCUGGUCAGAGGAACCUGGGAACGUUUCUGUUGGUCAUUCUGCUCAUGCUGGACUUGAUGAUUCUCAUUUACUUUUCCCGCCUUCUCCGCUCCGAUUUCUGCCCUCAACGUGCUCCCAGCCGCCAACACAAAGACAAAUUCUUGACUGAGUGAGAAAGGAUAACCCAGGACACGUAGCAGGGACAGCAAGCACGGCCAGCCAACAGCCUUGUAACAUAAACUAGGACUCUGCCUCAAGCCUGGGUGUAUUCUGGGCCAGCCUUCUCACCUCACGCCUACACCCACACUAUUGAAAACACUAAUGAAAGCUCUUCUCUGAAGUCCUUCUUGGGCAAGGGUUGAGGGAAGCAGACCAACCGGUUGGGCAAAGCAGAAUGGGUGAGGACAAGACACUGUCCAAAAGCCAGCCAACCCACACCACCCCGAAAUGGAUGCUGACGACUCUAAAAUAACCCCUCUGCUCUUCCAAACUCUGGUAUUGGUUUCACAACAGCCUCUUCCAGGGAUAAAAGAAGGAACUCUUGUAAAGCUUGUGCUCUGAACCUCUGAUGGAGGCAUGUCCCAGGACAACUAACACUUGUCUGGAGUAAUAAAUACUUCUGGUACUUGA